CAUAUAGUAAAAAAUAAUUGAAAUAAAAUUUGAAAACCAAUUAAACACAACCUUUAGGUAGGUACGUCUGGGUAGGUGUAGGGUAGGGGAUAAGGGUGCGUCCAUAUCUGGCGACUGUUUUAAUUUAAGAACUUAUCGUUUCAAUAUUUUUAUUUCAGCAAAAUUUAGAUUAGGUGACUGUUUUAUCAUUUUCUAUAAUAAUUAUUAAAAAUAAUACAAAAAUAUCCAAUAAAUAUCAAAAUUGAUUGAUGCAUGCAAUAAAACGCAAGCUAUAGCGCACUGCAGCCUCCACAGAUGAUAAUAACAAGACGAGAAGGAGCUGUCAGUUUCGCAUCAAACAAUAAAUCAGGGCGUAACGUUUAUAUUCUAUUUUAAUGAAUAAAACAGUGUAGUUUAGUAUCGUGUAAGUCGUUAAAAUGAAUACACUCGAUAAACAAUUAGCGGAUCUACGAAUAUACGCGAACGAGUUGGAAGCAAAACUUCAAGAUGAUAUUAACGCGGCUAUGAAAAAACCUUCAAUUCCACCCAAAAAAAAUAAGCCUCCUUUGCCUCAAAUACCUCAAAGUUGUAUGGUGAAGUCUGCCUGCGAACCGUCCUAUUCAUCUAGACUAGAAUAUGGUAGCCGCACUAGUUCUACGUACUCAAACUUAGUCCCUGUAAAGAGUUGCAUCGUGCGGAAUACAGCUAAAGUACGCAGCGGAGAUGUUUUGCUAUACAGCAAUGUACUACCUCCCGGGGGCACCAACCAUGUCUACUCCAAUGUUAUGAUGCAGCGCAAUGCUUACGGUGGUGAUAGUAUUUACGGUGAUCGUGAUACGAGAUCAGAGGUGUCUAGAAUUAGCGAUUUAGGUGCACAGUCUAAUUACAGUGAGUUGCGGCGACCCGGCUCCGCAUAUCCCCCUUCUUCGGCGUCUGUUAAUGCUCAGGACUUUUCUACUUAUGGUGGAUCUCAGACAUCAUCUACUUACGAAUCUCUGUAUGAGCCCAUUAAUCCAAGACCAUGCAGUCAGCUGUCUGGCACGUCCCUGUACGGCGGCUAUGUAGGCACCACAGUGGAGCCUACUCCAGAACCUGACGAUGCACUGUAUUGUGGUAACUGCUACAAAUGUGGUGAGAAGAUCAUGGGUGAGACUACUGGCUGCACUGCCAUGGAAAGGAUCUAUCAUAUUAAAUGUUUCUGCUGUCAACAAUGUGGAAUUAACUUACAAGGUCGCCCCUUCUAUGCAGUGCAGGGGCGAGCACUAUGUGAAAGGGACUACUUGGAUACUUUAGAGAAAUGUUGUGUAUGUGGCGAUCCUAUCCUGGACCGCAUCCUGCGUGCGACAGGCAAACCUUACCACCCUCGUUGCUUCACUUGUGUGGUCUGUCAGAAGAGUCUUGAUGGAAUACCAUUUACAGUAGACGCAGUCAACCGUAUUCACUGUAUUGAGGACUUUCAUAAAAGAUAUGCGCCGCGCUGCGCGCGUUGUCGUGAGCCGAUCGUUCCGGAGAGCGGCGCAGAGGAAACUGUUCGCAUCGUAGCUCUAGAUAAGAGCUUCCAUGUUGCGUGCUACGCCUGCGAGGACUGUGGGACCUCACUGUGCUCUAGGCAAGAGGGCCGCGGCUGUUACCCUCUCGACGAUCAUCUCUAUUGCAGAGAGUGCAACGCUCGCCGCAUUCAGGAUCUCUCUAGGAAUAUUAACUAACUUGUUUACCCUGUAGCACUGUUAUCUUUGGAAAGCAAACAUUUUGUGGCUAAAUAU